UCACCCACACACGUACACACGGAUCCACUCACAGUUGACACGACUCUAUCGCUACAUGCACGGAGCGUUUGGCUGGAUUGUUGAAUACAGGGAGAUGGACACAAAAAGUUCCAGGGAAAGAAAUACAGCCGUCAUUCCUUUUUGUAACAUUCCUACAGAUCCAUUCAUCAUCAGCCAAUCAGUGUUUAGCAAACAGGUACUGUGACAGAUACCACACCUAUGACAGGCACCAGCACGUGGAGGAAAGAGAAGGUGGAGAAUAGAUACAAAGAGUUGUACUAGUGUAAGGAAGACUGUCACCAAUUACAAGGAAAAAAAAAAAAAAAAGACAGGGACCGGUUCAAGAAUUUGAAUGCAAUUCAUGUGGAUUCUUUUGGAAAGGGCACUUAGAUCAGCAAGGAAACAGCAUAACAAGGACUCACUGUCUGGGAGACACAGAAUAAAGAGUGUGGAGGAUGGACACAUGGCUGAAUGAAGUCCAGAAGCAUCCAGCCCUGUUUGUCUUGUGCUGCUCUGUGACCUUCAGGAUCCUUCACAGGUUCCUGCAGACUGUGCCCAGUCCCGGGACAGUGGAAACAGACCCGUGGAGGACGUGGAAAUGGAGGAACCUCUCAGUGUCACUCGUCCACUCAAUGCUGACUGGCAUCUGGGCUGUCGCCUGUGUCGUACAGCAUCCUGUGAUGGUGCAUGAGAUCCCCACCACCUUCACCCCGUCAGCAUACAUGCUAGUCGUCGUCUCAUCUGGCUACUUCAUUCAAGAUGCUGGUGACAUUAUCUUUAGUGGGUAUGCAAAAGCUUCUUGGGAGUUUUUACUUCAUCAUGUUAUGGUGAUCUGGUGUUUCCUGUAUGCGGUGUUCACUCAUCAGUAUGUGGCAGGUGCAGUAGUGGCUUUGUUUGUGGAGGUGAACAGUGUGUUCCUACACACACGUUUAUUGCUCAAACUGGCUAAGGUGGCCCCGAACUCUCACAUCUACACUGUUAACAAACUGUUGAAUGUGGUGACCUAUGUGACCUUCCGGCUUGGAGCACAGUUUUACCUCACCUGGUACCUCAUACACCACUACUCAUCGUUGGAUCAUGCCCUCUACUUCCUGACAACCAUGAUGCUCAUGAACAUCAUGAUUCUUAUCUACUUCUAUCGCCUUCUUCGAUCUGACUUCUUCAGCAAGGGGCAUCCUCAUAGUAGUGAGCAUAAAUUUGCUCAGGACUAAACCAACAGUCUAUCAAGGGACUGUUAACACGACAUAUACGCAUAGGAUGCCUGUAAUGAACGAGGAAACCCCACCAGAAAGAGUCUGAUGUGAAUCAGAGACAUUCAGUUUUCACUUGUUAUAAUAAAACUUAAACUCAUUAAAAAACUCAACUCAACUCAACUCAACAAAGGUUAAGAAGCCAAUUUAUUACCGAAGUGUUAGCACAGACACGUUUUAGGUGCAAAAAGUGAUCUUGCUCAGUGUUUUCCAGUACAGAUAUCUGCCAUUUCUUACAACAAGAAACAUUUACUUCAGCAAAAUGAUUUUAAAUUAAUGGAUUAACCCAGAAAUGAAAUUGUGCUGAAGGUUUAAUCACUUUGGUUCUUCAUGGAGACACAUUUGGAGAAAUGUAGCAUUACGUCACUUACGCACCGAUGGAUCAUCUGCAGUGAAUGGGUGCCCUCAGAUGGUCAAAAUUAGAAUUUACAGCUCAUAAAAACAUCACAAUAAUCCACUCCAGUUAAUUAAUGUCUCAUGAAGCGAAAAGCUGCAUGUUUGUAAGAAAUAAAUUCAUCAAGGCAUUUGAGAUUAAGCUCAAAAUAUGAGUCCUCUGUCCAUAACGCUUCAUCUGGUGAAAAAGUCCAUACUCUGUUGUCUUCUCCCAUCAA